AUGGGUAAAGAAAAGACACAUAUCAAUAUUGUUAUUAUUGGUCAUGUGGAUUCUGGUAAAUCAACUUCAGCUGGUCAUUUGAUUUACAAAUGUGGUGGUAUCGAAAAACGAAUGAUCGAAAAAUUCGAAAAAGAAGCUGCUGAAAUAGGCAAAGGUUCAUUUAAAUAUGCUUGGGUUAUGGAUAAAUUGAAAGCUUCUCGAGAACGUGGUAUCACCAUUGAUAUUUCACUUUGGAAAUUUGAAACCAACGCAUAUCAUAUUACUAUUAUUGAUGCACCGGGUCACCGAGAUUUUAUCAAGAAUAUGAUAACAGGCACAUCUCAGGCUGAUUGUGCCGUGUUAGUUGUUUCUGCUGCUCCAGGUGAAUUCGAAGCUGGUAUCUCGAAAAAUGGUCAAACACGUGAACAUGCUUUACUUGCAUACACAUUAGGUGUCAAGCAAAUGAUUGUCGUUGUCAAUAAAAUGGACGCUACAGAAUUUUCACAAGCACGAUUUAAUGAAAUCAAAAGCGAAGUAUCAGCAUAUAUAAGGAAGAUUGGCUAUCAACCAGAAAGUGUUCCAUUUGUUCCAAUCUCAGGAUGGCAUGGUGAUAACAUGAUUGACGCAUCAGAAAACAUGCCAUGGUAUAAAGGAUGGUUAGUUGAACGUAAAGGAGGUAAUGCUACAGGCAAAACUCUGUUGGAAGCUCUUGAUGCUAUUAUGCCUCCACAGCGUCCAAUUGAAAAACCACUUCGUCUACCUCUACAGGACGUUUACAAAAUUGAUGGUAUUGGUACAGUACCUGUUGGCCGAGUUGAAACUGGAAUACUUAAAUCCAACAUGACGGUCAAUUUUGCUCCAGCGAAUCUAACGGCAGAAGUCAAAUCGAUUGAAAUGCAUCAUGAUAAUCUUACUGAAGCUUUACCUGGUGAUAACGUUGGCUUCAAUGUUCGAGGUGUCAGUGUAAAAGAUCUUCGACGUGGAUUCAUUUGUUCAGAUUCAAAAAAUGAUCCAGCACAAGAAACUUCUAGUUUCAUUGCUCAAGUUAUUGUGCUUAACCAUCCUGGUCAAAUUGGUCAAGGUUAUGCACCGGUACUUGACUGUCAUACGGCUCAUAUUGCAUGUAAAUUUGCUGAAUUGAUUUCAAAAGUGGAUCGUCGAACAGGUAAAGUCAUUGAAGAAGCUCCAACAUUUAUCAAAUCAGGUGAAUCUGCUAUGAUUAAAAUGGUCCCAACAAAACCAAUGUGUGUUGAAAAAUUUACUGAUUAUCCACCAUUGGGUCGCUUUGCUGUACGUGAUAUGCGACAAACGGUAGCUGUCGGUGUUAUCAAGGAUGUAGAAAAGAAAGCACCGGCAUCAGGCAAAGGAGCCAAAGCGGGUGUUCCCGCUGCUAUCAAAGGAAAUAAGAAAUAG